AUGGGUACAAACAUUGUUGUUACAAACACAUGUACAAACACAAACAAUGUUGUUGCUGAGGGUACAAACAUUGUUGUUACAAACACAAACAAUGAUGGUGCUGAUCAUGAAUCCACCAAAUUCAUUGAUGCACACAACUUUAACCAAAUUGUAACACAACUGUAUGAAACAGGACAUGAGAGUGAAGCAACUAAGCUGAUUGGAUUUUAUCUUAGAAUAGAAAGAGGAUAUUUGAUAGAAGCUGGAUAUUUGAGUGAAUAUAUUGAUGAUGGACAUUUUCGUUCUUCUUACAGUGAAUCCAACAAUACACAAUCGGUUGCAACUCCUGAUACCACUAUUGUGGCAACUGCUGAUACAGUGUGUGCUAGCUGA